AUGGAAAACUACACGCUCAACAGCGUCACCCUCCACAUGGAGGGCUUAACGUUCACAGAGGUUUCAGUGUACCCCGUCUUUAUCUUUUUCUUCCUCUGCUACCUCUUGAUUUUGGUGGUGAAUGUCGGCAUUAUGGCCCUGAUUUUCAUUGACAAAAGCCUCCAUCAGCCCAUGUAUCUCCUCUUCUGCAACCUGACAGUUAACGACAUCGUCGGGAACUCUUACUUGGUUCCUCGUCUGCUGAUCGACAUGAUGAGGCCUCCCGCCUCCCGCCUCAUCAGUUACUAUGAGUGUGUUUGCCAGGCUCUCUGCUCGCACAUAUUCGGCACCACGUCCCACACCGUGCUCAUGAUUAUGGCGUUUGACAGAUACGUGGCCAUCUGUGACCCGCUGCGUUACCCUUCAAUAAUGACCAACAGGAUGGUGAUCAAGCUGACGGCGUCCGCCUGGGGAGUGGCGUUUGUUUUGGUCGGGAUUCUGCUGGGUUUGACCAUACGGCUGAACCGGUGCAGGACUCUGAUCACAAACCCUUACUGUGACAACGCCUCGCUGUUUAAGCUGUCCUGUGAGAGCGUGUUCAUUAAUAAUGUUUACGGCCUCACCUUCACCGUCGUCUUACUCGGCUCCUCUAUCGGCUCGAUGGUCCUCACCUACACUAAGAUCACAGUCGUCUGUCUCACCAGUAAGAACAAGUCUUUGAACAGCAAAGCUCUGAAGACCUGCAGCACUCACCUCUUUGUGUAUCUGAUUUUGUUCUUCAGCGGCAUGCUCACUAUCGCCCUGCACCGCUUCCCCCAGCACUCAGACUUCAGAAAACUCUCCGCGAUUAUGUUUCAUAUCGUCCCUGGAAGCCUGAACCCCAUCAUCUACGGAGUCCAGUCCAAAGAGAUACGAAAAUUCAUGUCACAGUUUUUCCAGUCCGGAAAGGUUUUGCCAUCAUUGUGA